AUGAUUGAGUUGGAGGCGUGCAUGGCCACGCAGUCGUGGGUGAACAGGGAGUACAGGAGAGCGCUGAAAACGCACAUUUGUGGGGCCCCAGUGUUGAAGAUCAGCGGGGUGGAGAUGUUGUUACCUACCCUCACCACCUGGGGGCUGCCCGUCAGGAAGUCCAGGAGCCAGUUGCACAGGACAUAUUCAGCGGAUCAUCCGUUUACAUCAGAUCUCUACUCUGUUUCCCGCCGUGUAGCCGCAGCCUUCCGAUUCCCCGGGUUCAACACAGAGAACGGAAUCCUCAACUACUACCUUCCGGAUUGGUCGCUCAGGAUCCACGUGGACGAGUCGGAGCUGGACCACACUCGACUACACCUGUCAUUCAGUUGAGAGGGGGAGGGUUUCGGACAAUCCACCAUCUUCCUGCUCGGUGGAACCUGGAGUGAAUACCCACCCACAGCCAUGUACAUGCACAAUGGUAAUCUUAAUUCAUUUGUUAAAAAUUACUAACACGCUGUGCCUUGCGUUGUCCCUGCCAAGGGAGAUGCCUCACACCCCUUUCUGGAGGAAGAGUGUCUAGGCCCAGGUUCAGACCACGGGCUCACCCAGGACCAUACCAAGGGAAAGGCCAUCCUGGUCCCGGUGUCAGAGGAGGACUGGGCGGUGUGCUACAGGUACUUCCAGACCUCCAGGGUGAAUAUGACCAUAAGAAUGGUGCUCGAGCCCGCUUUUCCGACGUACACGACAGACAAACGGACAGACACGAUGACGGGACACACAGCUGGUUACCAUGAUAACCCAGAUGGAGAAAAUGUGGGAUUGAAGAGAAGGAGGAGUGACUCCAGUGACACUUUGGAUUCCUUACACAACUAA